UACUAUAUUUUAUUUCUCCCCCUCUUCUCCUACAUAUAUAUGCUUUAUUAUUAUUUAUUUUUUUUCUCCAAAACAAGGAAGCCCGAGGAAAAAGAAAUUAAUGCAAUGGUUCCCCGCCAAACACCGCGUUAGUUAACGACGCCUAUAAUUGUAAUCCACCGCAUACCAAUCGAACACAUUGGCGAUCCCUACGAUGGUGGUGAAGACGACGGCGAAUGACGUGGCCACCGAGAAGAGGACGUGCGUCGUUCUCGGAGGCCGAGGAUUCUUAGGGAGAUCGCUCGUUGCCAGGCUGCUGCAACUCGGAGGUUGGAUCGUCCGAGUCGCCGAUUCAUCUUCUCACUCGCUGCUCACCGAUCCUUCCGUUUCCGACUCUCUCCUCUCCAAUGCUCUUUGCUCAGGUCAAGCAUCCUUUUGCCAUGUCGACGUUCGCGACAUAUCUCAAAUCAUUAUAGUAACUAAAGGUGCAGAUGUUGUAUUUUACAUGGAGCCAACUGAUUUAGACAUACGUGAUUUCUAUAAUUGUUACAUGAUCAUAGUUCAAGGUGCAAAAAAUGUCAUUAAUGCAUGCCGGGAAUGUAAAGUUAGACGACUUGUAUACAACAGUUCUGCAGAUAUUGUUUUUGAUGGAUCACGGGAUAUACUUGAUGGUGAUUUGUCUUUCAUUUGCCCGGGGAAAUUUAAGGAUAUGCUGAUUGACCUUAAGUUUCAAGCGGAAGGACUAAUCAGGUUAGCAAACAAUAUUGAUGGUCUUCUAACAUGUGUACUUCGGCCUAGCAAUGUCUUUGGACCAGGUGAUACACGGUUUGUGCCUUUGCUAGUUAAUCUAGCCAAAGCUGGUUUAGCAAAGUUUAUUACAGGAUGCGGUGAAAAUAUGUCUGACUUUACCUAUACGGAGAAUGUUGCUCAUGCUCAUAUCUGUGCUGCAGAAACUCUAGAUUCUCGGGUGGUCUCUGUGGCUGGAAAGGUUCUCCUUAAAAGUGUCAUUAGAUGUGCAAAAUUCUCUCAUAUUUUAAUUUAUAUUGAAUCUUUGUAUAAGGGAGAUGUUCCCAAUAUGCAGGCUUUUUUCAUCACAAAUCUCGAGCCGAUAAUGUUCUGGGGAUUUGUGUCUCUCAUACUUGGAGGCUUAGGGUAUCAAAGACCUUACAUAAAGGUUCCUACUUGGAUGGUUUCAUGUAUUGUCUCACUUCAUCAAUGUAGAAAUGACAAAUUGUACAAUUACAGCGUAUCACCUCACUACAUGCUUCAACUAGCUUCACGCACCAGAACUUUUGACUGCUCUGCAGCUCAAAAUCAUCUUGGAUACUCACCUGUUGUCUCCAUGAAGGAUGGUAUCAAGUUAACAAUUCAAUCAUUCUCUCAUUUAGCCAAUGUCUCAUUUUAUACGAAAUACGGAAAUUUUAAUGAACAAUCCAAAGCAGAGAAGAUGCUGGGCAGCGGGAUAGUUGCAGACAUCUUGCUGUGGAGAGAUGAAAGGAGAACAUUUGCAUGCUUCUUUACUCUGGUUUUGGUAUAUUGCUGGUUCUUUCUCUGUGGAAGAACUUUUGCAUCGUCUUUAGCCGACCUUCUGCUUCUAGUUAUAGUCGCUCUUUAUGGACAUGGCAUUUUAUCAUCAAAGAUAUGUGGUUUUGCUGUUCAAGAGAUACCUUCGUCUCGUUUCAAAGUCACAGAAUCAGAAGCUCAACAGGCAAUGAGAUCCAUAGCACAUACAUGGAAUAAAGGAGUACGUAGAAUCACAUCGUUGGCGAAGGGAGAGGAUUGGAGCAAGUUUUUCAGGGUUGUGAUUUCCAUUUAUCUCUUCAAGUCGAUACAGGCUUAUUCCGUAGCUGUGCUUUUUGGCAUCGUACUGGUUUUUGCCUUCACUGCAUUUUUUGUUUAUGAUCAAUAUGAAGCAGAGAUUGAUGCAUUAAGGAUUCUUAUCUUCUGUGGUAUCGUGGAAUUAAAAGGAUUGUUAUUAAGGAAACUACCAGCUUCCAUCUCCUCAUUUUCUCAACACGACAAUGUAUUGAAUCAAGAAAAAGUUCCCGCUCGAGUAAAGGAGUGGAAACAACCGGAUCAUGCUCUGGUAGUUUUUUAGUUCCAUCACUGACUUGCAUCAAACCUAUAAUGUCAGAUAUAGGCAUGAGUGUAUGCGCCCGGCAUGGGUAUGUUUAAUUUUUUUCUAAAUUUAUUCAUGUAUUUGGAAGGUUCUUGAAGGAUCAUAUGUAGUAUCGGGUCAUAGCAAUUAUUUUCCUAGAGAAUUAGUCAUAGGUGCACGUAAAGUCUGUCACUUCUAGGCAAUGGUUCAUUUUAAAGCGAGUCAGGGAUACAUGCACAUAAGUAUCUGCAUCGGUAACACAUGCUGAGUGUACUAGAAAAAAUACCUUUUUUUAAGGUAAAAAAAUACGUAAAACAUUUGUUUUUCGAUAUUUCAUAACUAAAGCUUAAAUUUAUCUCAAA